UUCAACAUAUUCUACUUCCAGCCAGUGCACAGAGAUGAAGCAUCUCGCAAUCUUCCUGCUGGUCGCUGCAGCCGCGCUGAUCGAAGUACAGGGACAGAGUGAACCAUGCUUGCUGUGGAUGAAACCGCAGCCAACGUGUCCCACUAACGAACGAUACACGUGCUGCAAGCCAUGUCGCGAGUCCACAUGCCUGUCCACCGGAUUGCUUCCCAAAUGUGCUGGGCCCUGCAAAGGAGGGUGUAUUUGUAAAAAUGGCUACAUACGCGUCAUAAACAAUGGCAGAUGUGUUCUACCGUCGAAAUGCUCCAGUACUUUCCCAUUUAAAUUUUGAUUUCUUGGUUGAU